AUGAUUGUGGGUUGCAAGAGUUGCAUUGACUUGCAUGGUAGAUGUCAUUUGACAGUAGCCGGACGUGCUAGUGGAUGGUGGGGAUCCAAUCUUAGAGUUGCGGAUGCAAUAAGCUUGGAUUCACCAUUGUGUUUGAGUCUACAGCACCAGCCUCCGAACACUUUGAAUUUAGCGGACAAAACUACUGUGAAGGUGAUAUCGUGCGACAUGAUGGCUAGAUAUUGGAAGAAUGCUUGA